AUGAAUGGAUUAAAGGAUUCACUUUCAAUGUUUAGGGGAACUUAUGGUCAAUUGUUUGAAUGUUUUAGAAAGUUGUUUAUUUGUAAAACUGAUACUGAUAGUAAAUCACAAUUAAUCAUUUCAGCUAAUAUGGAAGAUAUGCAAAAAUUAAUUAAGACCUCUAAAGGACUUCCACAGAAAUAUAGAAGUUUAGUUACUAUGAAGAAACAAUCAAUGAUUAAUACUACUUGGUUGUCACCUGAAUUGAAGGAAAUUUUGAAAGAUGCUGGUGUGAAACCAAAACAUCUUGCUGAUCCUACUAUUGUUGAAACUUUGAUUCAAACUGUUAAACAAGCAGUCCAACAAGGAACUGUUCCAAAAGAUUUACUUGACCAAUUAGAAGCAUCAAGAGCAAAUAAAGAAGAUAAAUUAAGUAAAGUCAUUGAAGUAGAAGAUAUUGUUGUACCAGAUCGUAGACCACCACCUACUCCUAUUGCUCGUUCUACUCCAAGCACAGGUGCUCCUACAACUUCAAAUGUUGCUACUACAUCAGUACAAGCUGCUCCAGCUAAUAUUCCACCUCCUCCAAUUGCUCCAGUGAUUGAUAAUAUUCCACCACCCCCAGUAGCUCCUGCUAUUGGCAAUCCACCACCACCUCCUCCAAUUGCACCUGCUAAACAAGCUGGUAAUCCACCACCACCUCCUAUUAGAUCAACCAAUUCAGCUGGUAACCCACCACCACCUCCUCCAGCAAGACAAACUGCUGCUCCAGCACCAGCUAAUGGAAAUUUGUUAGCUGAUAUUAGAAGUGGUAUUACUCUUAGGUCUGCUGCUGAUAGAAAAUUAGACACUGCCGCACCUGUUGUCAGUGAUGCAGGUAAACAAGAUUUGACCUCUAUGCUCAGAAAAGCUAUGGAAGUAAGAAGGAGUGAUAUUGCUGAUGAUGAGGAUGACGAUGAUGAUGACGAUGAUGAAUGGAGUGAUUAA